AUGCCUUCGGGGGUGGCCAUCACUAUAGAUUUGGAAAGAAUUGUUCAGCAGCAGAAGUCUGAACAAAGUAAGAGAGAUUAUCAGGCCAAAAAUGCGACUCCUCCUCAGGCAGAAGAGACUACUCCAGAAGGUUUUGCAACGAGUACAGGAUGGCGGCGAAACAAGAAGGAAAUAGAGCGAACAGUAGAUAGUCCGGAAGAGGAGACAGUCGGCACUUACAAAAAACAAUCGAUGAAACCUCCGCAACCAUCACCGAAUAUGCUGAACAAAGAAAUGGCCGAAGCAGCCGCUGUAAGAUACAGGAAGAACGAGAAAAAUAUACAAAAAGCUUGCAAAAAGAUUGACGACCCAGGGGCGAAAGGUGGAUGUGCUUGUGCUAUUCUUUAG